GGUCUCGUCGCCGCCCGUCCUCUGAGCCGCGAUGGUCAGCAGGUGGCUGCUGUCGGCGCUGGUGCUGGCCGCCGUUCUGGCCGGCCUGCACGGCGUGCCCUGCUCCAGGAGCUCCUCCGAGUCGGAGGAGGCCUCAGCAGAUGGGAGCGGGGUGCAGCCUGCGGAGGACGUCCCGGAGCAGCCUGCCGACCGAGCCUCGGGCGACGUGGAGCAGCUGACGUCCGGCGGCUCCGUCCAUUCUGGGGAUAACACGUGCACAACAUGCAGCGAACGCCUGCGUCACAGGACACUGAGUGGCAGUGGUAGUGAGGAGGUGGACAGCUCCGAGAUCACUGGUCAGCCGUGUUCUGUGUGCGGGAAGAGCUCGUGCGGCGGUGCGGACGGCGGUAGCUGCACGCACCGGGCGCGCCUGCAGUCCGGCCGGCACCGGCAUCAGUCCGGCUAUCGCCGGCGACGGGAAAGCUCCGGCGGAAGAAGAGCGUCUGGUAAUCAGAUGGAGAUCAAGUUUGAUGAACAAACACUCCCAACCUUCUACAUCUCUUCUGCUCUCAAACCCAACAUGAUUUCCGUGCCAGCCGACACAUUGCAGAAGGCCAUUAUUUGGGUGCUUAGCCGAAGAAUAUACAAUGUCAUCGAGGCUGAAGGGAAAUACUUCUGCCUGAAAAGCCUGCCCAUCGAAGAGCUCAAAUCGACGGCAACGGAGGCUGGCGAUGGCGCAAUGAAACUGUUCAAAUUUGAUAAAUCGAAGGUGAUCAAAAGUUCCAGGCGACGAAGAGGAAAGUGUGGUGGAAGACGGACCUCUGGUGAUAAGCUUGACAUCAGCGUUAAUAAAAAAAUGCUGAAAAUCUCCUAUCUGCCAUCUUCCUUGAAACUGAACAUGAAUUCGGUACCCAAAGGCAGCUUGAGGAAAGCUCUCAGAUGGGUACUACGCAGAGGAAAAUACAUCGUCAUCGAGAAGAAUGGCCAAUAUUAUUUCCUCGAAGACGACAGCGUGCCGGAUGAUCAGUUAAAAUCAUCUCCAACGGAAGCUGGAGACAAUCCGCUGAAGGUCAUCACUAUCAACAAGUCGAUGGUGUUCAUACGUACGAGGCGUUCCAGGCGACGAAGAGGAAAGUGUGGUGGAAGACGGACCUCUGGUGAUGAGCUUGACAACAGCGUUAAUAAAAAUAUGCUGAAAAUCUCCUAUCUGCCAUCUUCCUUGAAACUGAACAUGAAUUCGGUACCCAAAGGCAACUUGAGGAAAGCUCUCAGAUGGGUACUACGCAGAGGAAAAUAUAUCGUCAUCGAGAAGAAUGGCCAAUAUUAUUUCCUCGAAGACGACAGCGUGCCGGAUGAUCAGUUAAAAUCAUCUCCAGCGGAAGCUGGAGACAAUCCGCUGAAGGUCAUCACGAUCAACAAGUCGAUGGUGUUCAUACGUACGAGGCGUUCCAGGCGACGAAGAGGACCGUCUGGUGAUGAGGUUGACAGCGUUGAUAAAAAUAUGCUGAAAAUCUCCUAUCUGCCAUCUUCCUUGAAACUGAACAUGAAUUCGGUACCCAAAGGCAACUUGAGGAAAGCUCUCAGAUGGGUACUACGCAGAGGAAAAUACAUCGUCAUCGAGAAGAAUGGCCAAUAUUAUUUCCUCGAAGACGACAGCGUGCCGGAUGAUCAGUUAAAAUCAUCUCCAGCGGAAGCUGGAGACAAUCCGCUGAAGGUCAUCACGAUCAACAAGUCGAUCGUGUCCAAACGUACAAAGCGUUCCAGGCGACGAAGAGGACCGUCUGGUGAUGAGGUUGACAGCGUUGAUAAAAAUAUGCUGAAAAUCUCCUAUCUACCAUCUUCCUUGAAACUGAACAUGAAUUCGGUACCCAAAGGCAGCUUGAGGAAAGCUCUCAUAUGGGUACUACGCAGAGGAAAAUACAUCGUCAUCGAGAAGAAUGGCCAAUAUUAUUUCCUCGAAGACGACAGCGUGCCGGAUGAUCAGUUAAAAUCAUCUCCAACUGAAGCUGGAGACAAUCCGCUGAAGGUCAUCACGAUCAACAAAUCGAUGGUGUUCAAACGUACAAAGCGUUCAAGGCGACGAAGAGAACCUUUUAGUGGAAGAAGAGCCUCUGGUGAUAAGCUUGACUUUAGCUUUGAUGAAGAAAUGCUGAAAAUUUCGUAUCUGCCAUCUUCAUUGCAACUGAACAUGAAUUCGGUGCCCAGGAGCAAUUUGAGGAAAGCUCUUUUAUGGGUACUACGCAGAGGAAAAUACAGCGUCAUCGAGAAGGAUGGCCAAUAUUAUUUCCUCGAAGACGACAGCGUGCCGGAUGAUCAGUUAAAAUCAUCUCCAACGGAAGCUGGAGACAAUCCGCUGAAGGUCAUCACGAUCAACAAGUCGAUGGUGUUCAUACGUACGAGGCGUUCCAGGCGACGAAGAGGAAAGUGUGGUGAAAGACGGACCUCUGGUGAUGAGCUUGACAACAGCGUUAAUAAAAAUAUGCUGAAAAUCUCCUAUCUGCCAUCUUCCUUGAAACUGAACAUGAAUUCGGUACCCAAAGGCAACUUGAGGAAAGCUCUCACAUGGGUACUACGCAGAGGAAAAUAUAUCGUCAUCGAGAAGAAUGGCCAAUAUUAUUUCCUCGAAGACGACAGCGUGCCGGAUGAUCAGUUAAAAUCAUCUCCAACGGAAGCUGGAGACAAUCCGCUGAAGGUCAUCACGAUCAACAAGUCGAUGGUGUUCAAACGUUCCAGGCGACGAAGAGGACCGUCUGGUGAUGAGGUUGACAGCGUUGAUAAAAAUAUGCUGAAAAUCUCCUAUCUGCCAUCUUCCUUGAAACUGAACAUGAAUUCGGUACCCAAAGGCAACUUGAGGAAAGCUCUCAGAUGGGUACUACGCAGAGGAAAAUACAUCGUCAUCGAGAAGAAUGGCCAAUAUUAUUUCCUCGAAGACGACAGCGUGCCGGAUGAUCAGUUAAAAUCAUCUCCAGCGGAAGCUGGAGACAAUCCGCUGAAGGUCAUCACGAUCAACAAGUCGAUGGUGUUCAUACGUACGAGGCGUUCCAGGCGACGAAGAGGACCGUCUGGUGAUGAGGUUGACAGCGUUGAUAAAAAUAUGCUGAAAAUCUCCUAUCUGCCAUCUUCCUUGAAACUGAACAUGAAUUCGGUACCCAAAGGCAACUUGAGGAAAGCUCUCAGAUGGGUACUACGCAGAGGAAAAUACAUCGUCAUCGAGAAGAAUGGCCAAUAUUAUUUCCUCGAAGACGACAGCGUGCCGGAUGAUCAGUUAAAAUCAUCUCCAGCGGAAGCUGGAGACAAUCCGCUGAAGGUCAUCACGAUCAACAAGUCGAUCGUGUCCAAACGUACAAAGCGUUCCAGGCGACGAAGAGGACCGUCUGGUGAUGAGGUUGACAGCGUUGAUAAAAAUAUGCUGAAAAUCUCCUAUCUGCCAUCUUCCUUGAAACUGAACAUGAAUUCGGUACCCAAAGGCAACUUGAGGAAAGCUCUCAGAUGGGUACUACGCAGAGGAAAAUACAUCGUCAUCGAGAAGAAUGGCCAAUAUUAUUUCCUCGAAGACGACAGCGUGCCGGAUGAUCAGUUAAAAUCAUCUCCAACCGAAGCUGGAGACAAUCCGCUGAAGGUCAUCACUAUCAACAAGUCGAUGGUGUUCAUACGUACGAGGCGUUCCAGGCGACGAAGAGGACCGUCUGGUGAUGAGGUUGACAUCAGCGUUGAUGAAAAGACGCUCCCAAUCUCCUACUUGCCGUCUUCGUUAACGCUGAACACAGUGUUGCUGCCUUAUAAUAAUUUGAGAACAGUUAUCAGAUGGGCACUGCAUCACAGAAUAUAUAAUAUCAUCGAAAAAGAUGGCAAAUACUUCUAUUUGGAAGACGGUGAUAUACCUGAAGAACAAGAGAAGUUAUCAGCAACGGAAGCUGGAGAUAAUCCGUUGAAGGUCAUCACGUUGAGCAAAUCAAUGGUUAUUAACAGCAUUUCUGAUGAUAAAAAGCGACCGGAACUUCAACCAGCAAGUGAGACAGAUCAGCCCGAAGACAAUCAGGCGGGAAGUGAAGACCAGCCCGAGGAUCCGGGAAAGUCCCUAUCAAAGAGCCUUCUGGAACCAGAACCUCAGCCUGAACAACAGCUGGAUACUCCGCAAGAGGAAGAGUCACAGUCAGACACUCAGCCAGAGGCACAGCCGGAGGCUCAGCCAGAGACUCAACCAGAUGCUCAGUCAGAGGUGCAGCCUGAGGAACAACCGGAGGCUCAGCCAGAGCAGCCGGAGGCGCAGCCAGAGGCUCAGCAGGAGACCGAGCCAGAGACUCAGCCAGAGGCUCAGCCAGAUGUUCAGCCUGAGGAACAGGCUAAACCUGAGGAGCAGCCAGAGGCCCAACCGGAAGAUUUGCUAGAGGCCCAGCCGGACGCUCAGCCACAGACCGAGCCUGAGAUUCAGUCGGAGGUACAGCCAGAGACUCAGCCAGAUUCUCAGCCAGAGGCGCAGCCUGAGGAACAGCCAGACACCCAACCGGAGGAUCUGCCGGAGGAACGGCCAGAGGUCCAACCGCAGGCUCAGUCAGAGAUCCAACCAGAGGCUAAGUCAGAGACCCAGCAAGAAGCCCAGCCAGAGAUCCGGCCGGAAGUGGCGUCUGAGGAACAGCCGGAUGCUCAGCCAGAAGCUCAACCAGAUACCAAGGUGGAGACUCAACCAGAAUCUCAGCCAGAGCAACAGCCAGAGGCGAGGCCUGAAGAACAGCCAGAUUCACGACCGGAGUCGCAGUCAGAAACUCAGCCAGGGGAACAGCCAGAGGCUCAACCAGAUGCCGAGCCGAAGGUGGAGCCAGAGACGGAAUUAGAGGCGCAGCCAGAGGCCCAGCCUCAGCAACAGCCGGAGGCACAGCCAGGGGCCCAGCCAGAUGCCGAGCCCGAGACUCAACCAGAAUCUCAGCAAGAGGAGCAGCCAGAUGCCCAACCGGAGGCGCAGCCAGAGGCUCAGCCAGAUGCCGAGCCCGAGACUCAACCAGAAUCUCAGCAAGAGGAGCAGUCAGAUUCCCAACCGGAGGCGCAGCCAGAGGCUCAGCCAGAUGCCGAGCCCGAGACUCAACCAGAAUCUCAGCAAGAGGAGCAGCCAGAUUCCCAACCGGAGGCGCAGCCAGAGGCUGAGCCAGAUGCCGAGCCCGAGACUCAACCAGAAUCUCAGCAAGAGGAGCAGCCAGAGACCCAACCGGAGACGCAGCCAGAGGCUCAGCUAGAGGAGCAGCCAGAGGCUCAGACCGAGGAGCAGCCGGAACCCCAACCGGAGGCACAGCCAGAUACUCAGCCAGAGACCCAGCCGGAGGAACAGCCAGAGGCACAACCUGAGGAACAGCCGGAAGCCCAACCAGAUGCCCAGCCAGAGGCUCAGCCAGAGGCUCAUCCAGAUGCCGAGCCAAAGCCUCUACCAGAAUCUCCGCAAGAGGAGAAGCCAGAAACGGAGCCUGAGGAAAAGACGGAGGCCCAACCGGAGACGCAGCCAGAGGCUCAGCCCGAGGAACAGCCGAAUGCCCAACCGGAGGCACAACCAGAGGCACAGCCAGAGGCUCAGCCAGAGGCCCAGCCAGAUGCCCAGUCAGCGGCCCAGCCAGAUGCCAAGCCAGAGACUCUACCAGAAUCUCAGCAAGAGGAGCAGCCAGAAGCGGAGCCUGAGGAACAGCCAGAGGCCCAGCCGGAGACGCAACCGGAAGUCCAACCGGAAGCGGAGCCAGAGGCUGAGCCAAAGGUUCAAUCAGAAUCUCAACCAGAGGAGCAACCAGAGGCACAACCUGAGGAACAGCCAGAUGAUCAAACAGAGGCCCAGCCGGAGACUCAGCCAGAAUCUCGGCCAGAGGAUCAGACAGAGAAGCAGCCUGAGGCUCAGCCAGAGGAACAGCCAGAACCCCAACCGGAGGCACAACCAGAGCCUCAGCCAGAGGCCCAACCAAAUGCCGUGUCAGAGACGCAAGAAUCUCAGAAAGAGGAGCAGCCAGAAGUGGAGCCUGAGGAGCAGCCAGAGGCGCAGCCUGAGGAACAGACAGAGGAUCAACCAGAGGCACAGCCGGAUAAUCAGCCAGAAUCUCGGCCAGAGGAGCAGACAGAGGAGCAGCCAACUGAACAGCCGGAAACCAAGCCAGAUGCCCAGCCAGAGGCUCAGCCAGAGGCCCAGCCAGAUGCCGAGCCAAAGACCCAGCCAGAAUCUCAGCAAGAAGAGCAGCCAGAGGCGCAACCUGAGGAACAGCCACAGGCCCAGCCGGAGACGCAGCCAGAGGCUCAGCUAGAGAAGCAGCCAGAGGAGCAGUCAGAGGCUCAAUCAGAGGAACAGCCGGAAGCCCAACCAGAUGUCGCGCCAGAGGCUCAGCCAGAGGCCCAGCCAGAUGCCGAGCCAGAGACUCUACCAGAAUCUCAGCAAGAGGAGCAGCCAGAAGCUGAGCCUGAGAAACAGCCAGAGACCCAACCGGAGACACGGCCGGAGGCUCAGCUAGAGAAGCAGCCAGAGGCUCAGCCCGAGGAACAGCCGGAAGCCCAACCGCAGGCACAGCCAGAGGCUCAGCCAGAGGCUCAGCCAGAGGCUCAGCCAGAGGCCCAGCCAGAUGCCGAGCCAGAGACUCUACCAGAAUCUCAGCAAAAGGAGCAGCCAGAAGCGGAGCCUGAGGAACAGCCAGAGGCUCAACCGGAAGCGCAGCCAAAGGCUGAGCCUGAAGUUCAGCCAGAAUCUCAACCAGAGGAACAACCAGAGGCACAGCCUGAGGAACAGCCAGAGGUUCAACAAGAGGCACAGCCGGAGACUCAACUAGAAUCCCAGUCAGAUGAGCAGACAGAGAAGCAGCCAGAGGCUCAGCCAGAGGAACAGCCGGAAGCCCAACCAGAUGCCCAGCCAGAGGCCCAGCCAGAUGCCGAGCCAGAGACUCUACCAGAAUCUCAGCAAGAGGAGCAGCCAGAAACGGAGCCUGAGGAACAGCCAGAGGUCCAACCGGAGACGCAGCCGGAAGCCCAACCGGAAGCGCAGCCAGAGGCUGAGCCUGAGGUUCAGCCAGAAUCUCAACCAGAAGAACAACCAGAGGCACAGCCUGAGGAACAGACAGAGGUUCAACAAGAGGCACAGCCGGAAACUCAGCCAGAAUCUCAUCUUGAGGAGCAGACAGAGAAGCAGCCAGAGGCUCAGCCCGAGGAACAGCCGGAACCCCAACCAGAGGCACAGCCAGAGGCUCAGCCAGAGGCCCAGCCGGAGGAACAGCCAGAGGUUCAACCAGAGGCCCAGCCGGAAACUCAGCCAGAAUCUCAGCCAGAGAAGCUGACAGAGAAGCAGCCUGAGGCUCAGCCAGAGGGUCAACUGGAUACAGAGCCAGAGACUCAACCAGAAUCCCAGUCAGAAGAACAGCCAGAGGCUCAAUUACAGGCACAGCCGAAGGCUCAACCAGAAUCUCAGCCAGAGGAGCAGUCAGAGGAGCAGCCUGCGGUUCAGUCAGAGGAACAGCCAGAGGCGCAGCCGGGAAGUCAGCCGGAGGUUUCGUCAAACCCAGUGGAAGGUAAUGUCACAUAUGCCAAGAGUGUACUGGAGCCUGCUUCAAGCUCAUCAGAGAGGCUACAAAUUUUCUUCCUACCGUCUUCGUCUAAGCUCAAGAUGGUCUCGGUGCCUAGGAAGACUUUGGGAAAGGCUAUAAAAUGGGUUCUUCAAAAAGGAAAAUACAAUAUCAUCGAAAAGAACGGGCAAUACUUUUAUUUGGAAGACGAUACCGUGCCGGAAGGUCAAGAGGAGUCAUCGCCAACGGAAGCCGGAGACAAUCCGUUGAAGGUCAUCAAGUUAAACAAAUCGAUGUUGACAAGACGCGCCGUUAAGAUUGUAGUGCCAUUGGGAUCUGGUGAUGCUGCAUAUCCCGAUUCCGGCAUUCAUCCUAUCCGGCCCGCCGAGAAUGAGCAGGUCGAUAAGCAGAGCCCAGAACAGAACAAAGUGCGGAGACGUUCGUCCACUGGGCGGUCAGGUGCUCCCCGUAAGCAGACCUGUGACCGAAGCAAGUCAGGAGGAACCAUAGACGAGAAAGCACGAAGCCCUUCCACCUCGGGGAAAACAUGCAACCGAAACAAGUCUGAACGCGUUAGGAAAGUCUCACGGAAUGGUGCCAAGCCGCAAGGAGGCCGGAACAGGCGGCAGCCUGGCAAGCGAUUCCGUGCCGUCCCGAAGCGGAACAUGCAAUUACCACGCCAAGGAUGGCUAGAAAGAAGGCGAAAGUGGAAAGCCAAGAUGAAAAAGCUGCAAGCAGAGAGGAAAAGGCUAAUGGAAGAGAGACGAAAACAAUGGGAACUUAGAAAGCGCAACAAGCCUGCCAGUAGACGUUGGAGGCGACAGGGAAAAACAAGAUCUGGAAAGGGAGCAAAGAUGGGAGGAAAACCUAGAAAAGGCUGUGGAAGAAAAGCCAGGUCUAGACGUGGGAAGAGCUGUGGAAGAACGAGAGGACAACCUCGCGGAUGGCGUAGAGCACGUAGAUGGGGAUGGCGACGGGGAUGGAAAUGGAACGGAAGACCCAAGGCCCUGUAUACCGGAAGACGGAGAGCAGUGGGAAGGAGGAGAGGAGCGAUCCGUAAAGAAGAUUACCGCGUAUCGUUCACCGACAAUGGAAUGAUCUCCUUUACCGUGUACAAUAGGAAGCUGCCAAAGUUCUUCAUGGCGUCCGAGGUUCCGGGCGUCGACCUGGUGCCGGUGCCGGCCGAGACUCCAGAGGCCGCCGCGUUCUGGGUUCGACGUCACCGAAUGCGCUUCCUCAUCAUCUCUAACAAGCAAUACUUCUACCCGUCCACGGGCAAGCUUCCCGUGGAGAAGCUGAAGGCGUCUCCCUCUGACGUCACUGGUGACAGUGUUGAGGUCGUCAUCGUCCAGGCUCCGCGCAAGAAACGGCCGUCAAAGUCUGAAGCCCCGGAGAAACCAGCGCGAGGUUACGAGAUAAAGAAAACUCCAAAGGGACUGUUGCAGGUCACAGUUGAAGGAAAGGAGGCGCCUACAUUCUCUCUACCAAGCACGGUUCAAAUGUCACCUGUUCCCGUGGCAACGCCGGAAGAGUCUGUCGAAUGGCUGAAACAGCACAGGAUCUAUUACGUCAUCAUCAAACAAGGGAAACUAUUUUAUCCCGUGUCGGGCGAAAUACCAAAGGAGCAACUGUCGGCACCCCUGUCCACCGAGCCGGAGCCAGAAGAGACCGUCGUCAUCGAUAUAAAGUCCGUGGCGCCCGAGCCGGAGCCUGAGACAGAGCCGGAGCCUUCGGGAACAGAGCCAGAGGAACCCUCAGGAGUAGAGCCUGAGCAGCCUUCAGGAACAGAACCAGAGGAGCCUUCAGGAACAGAGCCGGAGGAGCCUUCAGGUACACAGCCAGAGGAACCUUCAGUCUCAGAGCCGGAGCCUUCAGGAACAGAGCCAAAGGAACCUUCAGCCUCAGAGCCGGAGCCUUCAGGAACAGAGCCCAAGGAACCUUCAGCCUCAGAGCCGGAGCCUUCAGGAAAAGAACCGGAGGAACCUUCAGGAACAGAACCCGAGGGGCCUUCAGGAACAGAAUCGGAACAGCCUGCGGAUGCUCCUGAGGAAGGCCGGUCGAUCCUCGAGCCAGCUCAGGAGCCAGCGCCUGCUGAGACAAGCUCUCCCAGCGAAGCUGAGCCUGCGACCACCACGUCUUUGCCAGGCUAUCUUAUUAAGACAACUCCGGAUGGCGUCGUCACCAUUAUGGAGAAUAACGAGGAGCUGCCCAAGUACUUCACCAGCUACCCGAGCACGCUGCCGGGACUGAUGAUGGUGAUGGUGCAGCAGCCGACCGUCGAAGACGCUGUCGAAUGGCUGCUUGAACGUCACAUUUACUGCAUCAUUAUCACCAGCGACGGAGAGUUCUUCUAUCCGGCCAACGGAGUGCCGUCGGAAGAGGACCUGCUGUCGUCACAGCCGAAACCCGACGGAGAGAAAAUGGAGGUCGUCAUUCUGAAUCGUCUUGAGAAAUAUGCUCCGACGUCAAAUCCGGACACUGAAGCGACGCCGUCCACUGCUGUCGAGGUGCCGCAGGAAAAGCCGACCGUGGUCACAGCAAGUUUCCGUGUUGUCGUGAACAGCCAAGGAGUGCCUGUUAUCUACUCGAAUAAGGAUCCGCUGCCAACCAGAAGCAUUCGGUGGUCGCUCAGUACGCCAGGAAUCACCUGGGGCCUGGUACCGGCGGCUACGGUAGAAGACGCCAUAUUCUGGCUCAUUACCCACCGCGUGACCCAACUCAUCCUAACUCCGAACAUGAGGUAUUACUAUCCUGUUGGUAAAACGUUGACGGAAGAAGAGCUGAACUCGCUGUCACCGCAGCCUGAGGACGUUCAGGCAAAACUGGUCGACAUAUCUCCCCUGACGACCAGCUCGGAUAGGCGGACAAUAUCCUACAUAAACGGUUAUCCCCAAGUUGAAUAUACCGGCGACGAUGGAACUAAAGCGCCCAUGGAGACGUACUACGUGCGGGGCGACCAGCCGAGCGGCAGCCUGUGGCAGCUAGUGGUCCUGACGAGCGUCUCCAGCAGGCCGGAGAUCAGCUGCAUCUACAAGUGCAACACCAUGGGCAUGCCGUGGGUGGCCUUCCGGAUGGGCGAUACGCCGGCGUGCUGGUGCGCUCCCAGCGCUGACGUCACCGGUCUGACGUCAUCGGUGCCAUCGGAACCCGGCUACAUCGAGAUCAUCCACACGAGCACCAUGAGAGAGAGGUUCUACGUGGAGAUCCACACGGACGGCGUCCGGACGGCAGAGUUCCAGGCCACGCAGGAGCCCUAUCAGUACAUCGACCUGACACUGAAGCGGCCAGUGACGGCCGAGUCUCGGAGUGUGCCGCAGUCGUUCGUGGCCGAGCGGCCCGACUCGCUGCUCUGUUACACGCUGCUGGGCCAGGACCGUUACGGCUGCAGCCCGUACUGCUACGCCAGCGGGUUCCGCUACAGCGCACAGCAGACCACCGCCGACGGCGCGUUCAAGUGCUCGUGCUGCAUGGAGAGGGAGGGCAGCGAGCCGCCGUCGCUGCAGCUCGCCGAGGAGCCGGCCAGCAGCCCGGGCUUCUGGCAGAUGUUCCUGCUGCCCGCGCCGCCUACCAAGACCUACGAGCCAAAUGCGGUAGAGAUGCAAUGCAUGUUCCUGUCGCCAACGAACAUGGCCUUGGUUGUCAACGCAAAGGUACAACAGCCAAAGUUUGUCGAUCCCAGUCUGCUGAGUUCCGUGAAGGGAUCGUUCACGCCCCCCGACAACAGCCCGGCGAACCGCGAGGACUGCGCCUACUCAUGUCUCUACAUGGGCUUCUUCGUGGUGGUGGUGUCACAGGACGUGUGUAUGUGCCUGCCCAGCACCGAGCUGCCGCUCUCCGAUGACGAGACGGCCGGCGUGUCUCUGUACGACAUCACAGAGUUCCAGCCCAAGUCGGAGCCCGGAGAGUCCACAGGAAUUUCCUACACAAUCUAUGGCGUACCCAACGAUUACUACCGCAUUCUUGUCAACUCCAAGUGGCUGCCAGCCGGCUUCAGUGCCACCCGGCCGCCUGGCGCCUGGGAGGACCAGGGUCCGAGGAAUGUUAACGACUGCAUCAACACCUGCUCCGAGAGCUCCAACCUGUUCAUGAUGCUGCAUACUGUGGACGACGUCACGUCCUGCUGGUGUGCGCCCAGCGCCGACCUGACCGUCCUGGACCAGGAAUACCCCACCGAGGCCGGAGCCUACCAAGUGCUGGAUAUCAGCGAACUCAAAAUAGGAGCCGUGUCCUCAGUCCAGUAUCCAGAUGGCUUUGAAGUAACAUCAACCAACCUUGCAAAUGAUUAUUGCACAUUUACUUCCAAGUUGCCUGGUGAGAAUCAGGCCUCCGAGCUCACCACCUACUACACGGACUCUGCGCCGUCCUCGCUGCAGCUGUACCCGAUGAGCCAGAACCGUCCUGCCGAUUGUGUCGCCUCUGCUACCUCUAUGAUGUGCGAUGUUGCCAUUUGGAACCCGUCCGACCCUGAGAAGCCGUGUCAGUGUGGCCAGCUCAUCAACGACGGCCCCCUGGGACUGACCGAUACCUCCGUGCCGGACGUCGCCGGGUAUAUGGAAGUGAUCCAACUCCGCGCCUUGCCGUCUGCUUUCUCAGCACCAGCUGGAAUCACCUACACAGUAUUUGAUUUAUUCGGAGGGUACUACCGAGUGAUCGUCAAUAAUGAGGUCAUCCCUGCGGGAUUCAGCGCGUCUCAGCCCGACGGAACGUGGACGAGCUUGGGCCAGAUGAGCAUCUCAGAGUGUAUUGACACAUCUGACCAGGGUAGCGACUCGUUCCUGAUGGUGCGGACGGUAGAUGACGCGACGUCCUGCUGGUCGGCACCGCUUGUGGACAUGAGUCUCCUAAGACAGCAAUUCCCCAGCGUGUCGGGAGAAUACCAGGUGCUAGACCUGAGCGCGAUGAAAAUAGGAACGGCACUCACCGUCACGCACAGCACUGGUUUUUCGGUGAAGUCGACAGUCAUCAAGAACGGCUAUCAUACAUAUGCUGUGACGAUGCCAGGCUCGACGGAACCGUCUGAUCUGACGGUCUACUACACCAAGUCUGCUCCCUCCUCGCUACAGCUGUUCCCAAUGACUGAAAACAAUGCUGCGGACUGUGUUGCUUCCUCCACAAGCAUGUUAUGCAACGUUGCCGUGUGGAAUCCGUCCGAGUCUGAGAAGCCGUGUCAGUGUGGCCGGCUCAUCAGUGGAGGUCCUCUGGGACUGACCGAUACCUCCGUGCCGGCUGAACGUGGAUACAUGGAGGUCAUCCAACUGAUUUCCAUGCCUCAGCCGGCCUCCACUGGUGGUCUUUCCUACGCGGUGCAGAACUUGUAUGGAGGAUAUUACUAUGUGAUCGUAAACAAUGAGGCUGUCCCAGUGGGCUUCAGCGCAACUCAGCCCUCGGGCGACUGGAAGAGCUUGGGUCAGAUGAGCGUCUCAGCGUGUUUGGGCACAUGUUACCAUGGCGACGGCCUGUUUAUGAUGGUGCAAACGGUAGAUGGCGUCACGUCCUGCUGGUCUUCCUCAAGCGUAGACAUGGGUCAGCUGAGCCAGACGGUUCCCAGUGCACCGGGAGCAUAUGAAGUUUUCGAUAUCAGCUCGAUGAGAAUAGGAUCGCAAAUGGCUGUUUCGCACAGCAGUGGCUUCGUUGUAAAAUCGACAGCCGCCAAGAAUGGCUACUACACAUUUGAUGUGACCAUGCCAGAUAAGGAGGAAUCGUCCGAGCUGACGAUCUACUACACACAGUCUGCUCCCUCAUCGCUACAGCUCUUCCCAAUGAGUGAGGGUCAUCCGGCCGAAUGCGUCGCUUCUGCCAUGGGAAUGAUGUGCGAUGUUGCCAUUUGGAGCACAUCCGACUCGGACACUUCGUGCCAGUGUGGCCAGCUCAUCAACGACGGUCCUCUGGGACUGACCGAUACCUCCGUGCCGGACGUCGCCGGGUAUAUGGAGGUCAUCCAACUGAUCUCUGUGCCACCAGCCAGCACUCAGCCUGGCAGCUACAUUCCAUUCUGGUUGACGCCAAAUGUGCACAGAUUAAUCCUUGCGGGCAGGGUCGUUCCGGUGAGCUUCGCUCAGAGCGCGGCCGUGAACAGCGCCACCGGCGUCAGCCUGGACCUGACCUUAGGAGAUAAUUGCGCCAUGAAAUGCUUCCAAAUGUACUACAGUGCAGCAGCGACGACCCAAAGCUCAUGUCGCUGUCUGGAGGAUCUCAGCAGCGUCACGACACAGCAACAAUACGUGGCAGGCGAUAACCUAGUGUCCGUGCUAAACUUCGAUGAGUUUCUGCCAAAGCCAGACGGAACAAGAUCGAUAGCUACUACGCAAGUGCCUGGCCUGCAUUACGGCCGAUUCAUUCUUGGCAAUGCUGUGAUGGCGUGUGGCUACACGGCGGAGCCUGUCGAUCCCGCUGCUGGGCCGCCCGGAACCUGGCAGGAGGCCGGAGAGGGAGCCGGACUGUACGACUGCGCUGCCGCAUGCGGCAGCAAGGGAAAGUUCUACGGAGCCAUGCUGCCGCUUGGUGAGCGUAGAUUCAAAUGCUGGUGCGCAGAGAGCGUAGACAUGUCUGCAUUCAGUACGGCAAUGCCGGAGGUCGGAGGCCGGGCGCAGAUUGUAGACUUUCACAAGGUAUUCGGCAACUAAGGCUAAUCCGUGAAGCAGCAUGCUUACCAUGUAUGUAGUAGGUACAGGGCUAUAACUGAUGUGCUACGAUGGUGAUUUAUACGAUACUACACUGUGUGACACGGGCGUGUGUGGGUGGGAGCGAUGUCAAUAUGUUUGCCAGCUCUGUAUUGGGAGAAGGCCCUAUCUGUGGGCUUCCUUUGUACGCGAUGAGUUUAUAUUGGUGUAUCUGUACCCCUUUGCUCGGCUGCGUGCGGUGAGGUAUCCUGGAAACGCGCUGGCUACUGUCGCAGUAUUGCUGCAGCGUGGGUGUAGAUAUUUAGCUGAAGAUAUUAUGGGGCAAUGCUUAACUAAAUAAAGCAGAUUAAGCAAUUCA